AUGCAAGCAGAGAACGCGAACGCAAAUAUGGUGUCAAAUAUGCAAGGCAAGCACAGUAAAAAUUUACAUAAAUAUUUUAUAGUAUUCAACGUGUGAUGCCAUGGGGUCCAAAAUAAAUUAAUAAAUCGCGAUUGAUUUAUUUAGGCGACGUGGAAACCUCUACCCCAUGUAAGCAAGAUAAUCGUGUGCCUCUGAUUUUGCCCUCAGUAUCUCCAGUUGUUGACAAAGGACAAAAUAUCUCUGACUCUAUGGAAGUAGAUCAACAUGAGGGAAUGAGUGGCAAUUUGGAGUGUGAUAUAUCACCCCACAAAAGGUAUAUAUACAUAUAUAUGUAUUAUAUAUUAUGUAAUAUUCUAUUGUUUGUUUAUCAAGGAUUAAGCUUUGAAAGUAUAUAAUUAUACUCAAUAAUUAAUUAUUUUCUAUUCAUCCAAUUCUAGUAUAAUUGAUCAAACUAAUACAUCCACAAAAAUGAAUGCAUCCUUAUUCACUGAUGAUGAAGGUGAAAGCACUGAUACUGCAGACAGCUCUGGUUUAAGGCUUUUAUAUAACAAUCAAUUUAUUUGCACAUGUGGGGGCAACUGAAAUACAGUUACUGAUACAUGACACAUGCUUUUAAUGUCCCUUUUGUUUGUAGUCGACAACAUGAUCUUUCACAGUCAGCCAUUGGAGACCUGAAUGCUGAUAGAGAACUGGGAGAAUAUGAUUCAGAAGAUAGUGGGUAAGAUAAAUAUAGAAAUGUCUUAGUUAAGCUAUUUCAUUAACAGUAAUUUUAUUUUAGUAAGUGUAAUCAGUUUGUUGUGUUAGAAACAACACUGUCUGUUUGUGUACUGCACAUUCUCAUACUGUGCAUGGUACCUGAUCUAGCUUAGGUGUUCUAGUCUAUUUACACUUUUUUUGUAUUGUCAUAUAAUUAUAUAGUUCAACUGACCCAACAAUGGAUCUGGAUGACAAUUCAGAUGAUGGAAUAUCUGGAGAGGACAUUUAGUGAGUUUUGGUAUUUCUUGUUCAUAUACAGUGGUCUGAAUUUUAAAUAUGGGUAUUGUAUGCUACCAUAGGCCGGUGGUGGUGGCUUAUUUGUUUGCCCUUUUUACUCUACGUAUUUACUCUACAAAUGUGUUUUACAUAUACAGUAUGCCAUUCAUGUCAAAUGACCAAACCAUAGGUUUUAUAAAAUCUAUUAAUUACCAUUAAAAUCUAUAAAUAUGGCCAUUGAAAUCUUCUUAACACCGGACAAUAUGUUUGCCAACACAUGUAUAGUGUAUGACGUAUAAUUCAUUCCAAUCCAUUAAGCUGCAAUGAUGCACCUUAAUGUGCCUAUAAUGCAACCUUUUUACUAUAUGCAUAGAGUAUUGUUUGAAAUACUGGGUAAAUUGAUAUAUCUGUUACUUAUUUUGCAAACAGUUCCAUUGAGUCUGAUGUUGAUGAUGAACAGAAAGAUCUGCCAAUGACAACAACAACAACAACAACAACAACAACAACAACACAACAACAACAACAACAACAACAAACCCACCACAAGUCCCAGAGGUUGCCAGUACCAGCAGCAUAA